AUGAAGCCAUCACUCUUGGUGUUUACUGUGUAUCUGCUAUGGCUGAAAGAUUUUCACUGUGCACCUACUUGGAAGGACAAAACUGAUAUGCAUGGAAACCUGAAGGGUUUUUCUGAGGCUGGAGACAUAGAUGUAGAUGAAGAGGUGAAGAAAGCUUUGAUUGGUAUGAAGCAGAUGAAAAUCAUGAUGGAAAGAAGAGAGGAGGAACAUACCAAUCUGAUGAAAACCCUGAAGAAAUGCAAAGAAGAAAAGCAGGAAGCCCUGAAACUCAUGAAUGAAGUUCAGGAACAUCUGGAAGAAGAAGAAACUCUAUGCCAGGUGUCUUUGACAGAUUCCUGGGAUGAAUGCAAGUCCUGCCUGGAGAGUAACUGCAUGAGAUUUCACACAACCUGCCAACCUAGUUGGUCCUCUAUGAAAAACACGGUCGAACAGUUUUUCAGGAAUAUAUAUCAAUACCUGUUUCCUUUUGAUGAGGAUAAUGAAAAAGAUCUCCCUGUCGGUGAAAAGUUCAUUGAGGAGGAUGCACAAGUAGCUCAAAUCGAGAAUGUGUUCAGCCAGCUGACUGGGGAUGUGAGAUUUCUCUUUAACAGAAGUCUUAAUGUCUUCAAACAGAUGCAGCAAGAAUUUGACCAGACUUUUCAAUCAUAUUUCAUGUCAGAUACAGACUUAAUGCAGCCUAACUUUCUUCCAGCUUUAUCUAAAGAGCCAAGGAAAAAAGCAGAUCCUGUGCAAAGUUGGGAUAUUCCCAGCUUCUUCCAGCUGUUUUAUAAUUUCAGUCUCUCUAUUUAUCACAGUAUCAGCACAACAAUCACCAAGACGCUGAAUGCAAUAGAGGAUUUACCAAAACAAGACAAUGAUUCUAACCAUGGAAGCCUGAGUUCAAAGAUAUUGCCUGUGCAGCACAGAGGACCCUAUGGAGAAUUUGGCCAGAAUUUGUCAGAAUGUUUCCAGUUUCAUGCCAGAUGCCAAAAAUGUCAGGAUUACCUGUGGGAAGACUGUCCCGAUGUACCUGAACUACACACAAAAGUAGAUGAGGCCCUCGAAUUGGUCAACAUAUCCCAUCAGCAGUAUGCCCAGGUUCUCCAGAUGACCCAGCAACACCUGGAGGACACCACAUAUCUGAUGGAGAAGAUGAGAGAGGAAUUUGGCUGGGUGGCUGACCUGGCAAACCAGGCCCCAGGAGCUGAGAACAUCUUUGAUUCCACAAAGAUGGUUCCAAACAUACAUGAAGGGAAUUUUUCCAAACAAGAUGAAACGAUGAUAGACUUAAGCAUUCUGUCUUCCAACUUCACACUCAAGAUCCCUCUUGAAGAAAGUGCUGAGACUUCUAACUUCAUUAGCUACAUGCUGGAGAAAGCUGUGCAGCAUUUUAAGAAACAUUUUAAAACUUGGUAA